CUCCAUUUUGCCGAAGAAGCUUCAAGAAGAAUGCUGGAGUUGUGAGAGUCUUCGCUUAACUGGAGACCGGCUACGUUUUUGAAGCUGAUAAUGGACAGUCGGAAGCACUUUUCAGUCUAUAGCUUUUAUAGUGGUGAAGACGAAGAGGAAGUGGGAGAAAAUGAUGAUGUUCUGGAGUACUCAACACACUCUACUCCCAGAGCAAGAAGCCCAGUAUUUAGUAAUACUGAGAAGACAGUGGUUCCUCCAAGAAGGGAAGGUAGAGAUACAAGAACUGAAGUAAAGAAUAGGAUGGAAAACAUUGGAGCUCACCUUAGCAAUGCUGUUCUUGAAAAAAAAAAGAGAAUGGAGUCAUACAUUAAAGGUGCUGUUAAAGACUGUGACAAGCAUAUCAAACAACAUUGGAAAGUUCAUCAGGAUGAAGUACGGGAGUUUAAAAUUGAAUAUACUGAGCAGAUUAUAACUCUGUUUCAUCAGUGGGAUUCCGAUAUGAAGAAAGUUGGAGAUCUCGAAGAUAACCUAACUAGUGCCUUCUGUCAGCAACAGAAGACCUUUCAACAAAGUAGAUCACGGCAGAACCACAGCCUGAAAGCACUUAAGCAGGAAAAUGACAAGUUCUUAAAGAGUAUGGAGAACUUGGAAAAGGACAAGAGCAGUGUACUUUCUAGUAUACACAGUGAGUUUAAAAAGCAAAUUGUUUUCCUGCAAAGAAAAAUUACAGAUGGUUAAGUAUCAAUUUCUAAAAGCAUGGAAUAGAAAAAGCACCAAGAUAAUUUGUUUUCCUGAUGUUAAAUGUUUUUCUGAUGAGUCUUGAGAAAAUCUUGAACCUGAGUUGAUGUAAUUCAUAUUAUCUCAGACACAUGUCUUACCAAUUUGACUGUAUUUUAUAUUAUCUUCUGUCAUUAACUGUUUAAAGUGUGGCACCUCUAUUCCGAUUGAGUUCUAAAUAAACAGUUGUUAACCUGU